AUGCGGGAUCACUCGGCUUCGGAGCGGCAGGAGUCCAGUAUCUCCGAGGAAGACCCGAUGGAUCCCCUUCGUGACAGCGGCGGGAGCGCGGGAUGCGGCUGCGAUUCCACGGAGGUUGAUUCGGAGGUUCCUGAGCAAUCGGAAGCAAAAGCAACCACGGAGAACCACCCAAAGACCACCGAGGCGGAGACCGACCCCGCACUUUCUCCGGAGCCAACACUGCACUCGCCCCACACAGCCCAUGCCGAUUUACCACCAUGCGCAGCAGGGCAGGAUCUGCCUAGUUGUGGCGCGUCGCCCCUCACCGACAUAGACUGCCCCGUCUGUUUCUGCAAAUACGACAUCCACAGAAUCCCCAAGAAGCUGGCGUGCGGCCACAACUUCUGCGCCGUGUGCUUGAAACUACUGGUCCGGCACGAACACGGCAGCUGGGUCAUUAUCUGCCCGAUCUGCCGGGCGUCCACUGCCGUCUUCGGGGGUCUCGUAUGCACCUUGGAAAACCAAGAAUCUCUACUGAGCCGGCUGGAGGACCCAGACGCGAAAGGAGAAGCCCCCGAGCCUCGUCAAAGACCCAACACCGCGGACAUUAAGGAAGAGAGUCCUGGGAGCUUGCGUGGCGUGGCGAGGAGAGUGCUGUCGCUUUGCCUAAUCCUUCUCAUCCUCCUCAUCAUCAUCCUCCAGUUUGUGUACACGGGGAUAAUGAAGUGGGUGCUCGGCUUCAUCCUUGGCGUGGUGGUCAUUAUCGCCAUCUUACUCUGCUUUAACCCAAGCUGCAGCAGCCAAGCUGAUGCCACCCAAAAGGACAACUCGGUCAUUUCCACAGUGUAACGACUCAAUGUACCUGCGCGGUCUGAAGACCCCACAGAGAUGCAUUAUAACACCUUUCAUCCUUAAGGUUCCGAUAGAGAGAUCAGGAGCACGUCUUCAUCCGUAAAGGUUUAGGACUCCAUGUGUUUGUGUGAAGAGUUAUUGUGUGGGGGCCGUAUAUAGCAUCUGGGUCAUUAUAUAUCAUCAUAAAGAGUAGUUUGAGAACAUAUGAGAUACACGUAUGUUUUAUGUUAAUAUAAUGCCAUACGCAGAGGAUAUGGGGUAGAAUGAGAGCGCUCGGGCUGUGAGAGGAGACCCCCGGAUGUACGCUGACAGGAUAUUUUUAUAUGUGUGUGAACUUAAUGCCGAAAUAAAAAGAUGUUUCCUACAAAA